UGUCAUAAACGCCACCGAGAUUCAUAUCAUUCCGAUGAAGUAGCGAUUUUAUUUUUAUUUUGUUAAACGUAGGAACCUUUAUUCUGUCGUCAAUGUUUCCGGCGGGGUGAUAUAAGCACUGGAUCUGUUUCCUGCACGUUACACGCGCGUCCGCAGACUCGACUAAACAACAGCUGAAUAAAGCAGAUAUCCUGAAACUGUUAAACUACGAUGGAGACGAUUUUAGAGCAACAGCGUCGAUACCAUGAAGAGAAAGAGAGAUUAAUGGACGCCGAAACGAAGGAGAUGCUGACGAAAAAAACCACGCUGAGAGACCAGAUCAACUCUGAUCAUCGAGUGAGAGCCAUGCUGGAUAGGUACAUGGAAGUGAGCGCAAACCUCAGAGACUUGUAUGAAGACAAAGACGGUAUGAGGAAGGAUGAGCUGAACGCGAUCUCAGGACCGAACGAGUUCGCCGAGUUCUACAACCGACUCAAACUGAUCAAGGAGUUCCACAGGAAGCACCCGAAUGAGAUCUGUGUGCCCAUGUCAGUGGAGUUUGAGGAGCUCAUGAAAGCCAAAGACAACCCCAGCGAGGAGGCACAGAAUCUGGUGGAGUUCACUGAUGAAGAGGGAUACGGACGCUACCUGGAUCUCCACGACUGCUACCUGAAGUACACAAAUCUCAAAGGAGUCGAGAAACUGGAGUAUGUCACUUAUCUGUCAACGUUCGAUCAGCUCUUUGACAUCUCUAAAGACAGGAAGAACGCAGAAUAUAAGAAGUAUCUGGAGAUGUUGCUGGAGUACCUGCAGGAAUACACGGAUCGGGUCAAGCCUCUGCUGGAUCAGAAUGAGCUCUACGGAAAGAUCUUGGCAGAGUUUGAGAAGAAGUGGGAGAGUGGGAUGUUUCCUGGCUGGCCGAAAGAGACGAGUAGUGCUCUGACUCACGCUGGAGCACAUCUGGAUCUGUCUGCCUUCUCUUCCUGGGAGGAGCUGGCGUCUCUGGGUCUGGACAGACUGAAGUCUGCUCUCAUGGCUUUAGGUCUCAAAUGUGGCGGCACACUGGAAGAGAGAGCACAGCGUCUGUUCAGCACUAAAGGCAAAUCUCUGGAGGCACUGGACCCCUCACUGUUCGCCAAAAACCCAAAAGCCAAGGGACCAAAGAAAGACUCGGAGCGUAACAAGGAAUCUGCGUUUCUUGAAGCUCAGAUUUAUGAAUAUGUGGAGAUCCUGGGGGAGCAAAGGCAGCUGACCCAUGAGAACGUCCAGAGGAAGCAGGCGCGCACAGGAGAGGAGCGAGACGAGGAGGAUGAAGAGCAGCCCAGCGAGAGCGAGAGUGAAGACGAAGAUAAUGAGAUCAUAUACAACCCCAAAAACCUGCCGCUCGGCUGGGACGGAAAGCCGAUCCCUUACUGGCUGUACAAGCUGCACGGCCUGAACAUCAAUUACAACUGUGAGAUCUGUGGGAAUUACACAUACAGAGGACCCAAAGCCUUCCAGAGGCACUUUGCAGAGUGGCGUCACGCUCAUGGCAUGCGCUGUCUGGGCAUUCCCAACACAGCCCACUUUGCCAACGUUACCCAGAUUGAGGAUGCAGUGUCCCUCUGGUCAAAGCUGAAGUCACAGAAGGCAUUGGAGCGAUGGCAGCCAGACACAGAGGAGGAAUAUGAAGACUCCAGCGGGAACGUGGUCAACAAGAAGACUUAUGAGGAUCUGAAGCGACAGGGGCUUCUGUAACAGAUCUCCGAACACACAAAACACUCGCAGUGUAAAAACUGAAGAAGUGUCCUCUUGUCUUUUCCACAGUUUGAGAGAAAUGUGAUUGUCUUUUUGAAAGUGAUAAGUUUGUACAAUUUUUUAUUACAAUUUGAUAAUACCUGAUUUUUCUCAUUUGGCAUCUUAAAUUAGACUUUCAUUAAUAUUUCAAUAAUCAAUAAAUGUUAGAACAUUGUGUGAAAAAAUGCUUACUUGUGCGGCAUGCUGUUUUUAACCAGUCUGGAGACUUAAGCCCGUUGCUGUUGUACAAUAAAAUCAAAUUUCA